AUGCAGCGGCUUCCUAGUUUCAACUCUCCCUCGUCUCCUUCUGCCUCUGCUUCUUCGAAUUGUCCCGUCGCAGACUCAACCGAUCAAGAGAAGGAGGGUCACAAAAAGCAUCCACCACCAACCUCUACCUCUACCUCGGGUUCGGUACCCACAUUUACGACUCCAAGCAACACCACUACCACCAGCACGACUAACACUGAGCUUCAUACCGACGUUUCAGUUCUCGCUGCCGGGGAAGCUUACAACAGGGUCACCAUAACUGGCAGGAAAGCCUACGAUUCUCGCCGCAUAUCAGAGGUCCCAGCAUGGAGGCACGAGCUUAGCAUACCAAACUUGGCCUCAAUCGCGCCCUUUUCUGACUUUGCGGCCUCCUUCUUGCCAGCUUCGACUACCGGCGCUAUUCACCAGUCAAGUUUGUCCACCGCCGGUAGGCCACGAGGUCUUAGCGCGUCCACGCGAGGGCUUCCACAGACUCCCAUUCUGGCGAAGCGUCCCUCCGCCCCGUCCAGAGGUGAACCCGUCAUGCACCCAUCACCCAUCAAGAAAGCCCGCACUGGGGCAUCACCACCUCGAAAGGUCGAACUUCCUAACCAAACCGCGAAUCUUGAUCCCUCAGCAAGGGGAAAGCAGCAAGGGCCCCUCUCGCCUCUCUUCUUCUCUCACACACCAGCAAGGCACGUUCAUCGCCCGGCCAGUUUUCCCGCAACCGAUCCCGCUGUUUCUAUGCUUUCACGUAUGCGAGAGGACCCGGCUGGCGGUGUCACGACUUUGAAGUUGCCUCGCGCAAGUGUGAGCUCCAUCAGCCCAGGAAGAUCAGAGAGCACUCCUGGUAGUUGGGGGUCUUCAAUGGACGCUCCCGCUCAUACCACGACUCCAGACAGUCGUAGUCUCCCUCCUGGGCUGCAGAUGCUACAAGGUGUUGGUGUUAUUGAGUUUCUGGAGCAGGAUGAGAGGCCUACCUUUUUGAUAGACCUGGACAAUUCCGCCAAUGCUAGCCGUGCCGGCUUACAUAUUCUCUACUAUAAUGCGUCUCUGCGAGGCGCACAUGAAGUGCUCCAAUAUCUGUCAGUGGACCAAGAAGAUGCCAGUGCAGAUACAGAUUUUGGUCGCUUCAAAUCAUGGAUUAUGACACAAUCCAAAGCUCGUGUAUCAGUUGAUACUCACAAGUAUGCUGGCAUUACCUGGACUUUAUCAACAUUACGUCGACGAUUUCGCUUUGUUAGCGCCCAGACUAGUUUUGCUACUCCUCGGCCCAGUACUGCAUUACCACUCAUUGACGAGACAGCUGCUUCGGAAACGAGAAGUGCCGGACACUCACCACAGAUGCCCGUUACUCCCGACGCUGAACUUGUUGAUGCGCCAGAUUAUUUCGGUGAUGCUGAACCUCUCGAUGCUAAUUUUGAUCGCGCAGAUGUUGAUGCGAUUAUGGAGGGAGGUGAUACGAGACUACACCCUGACGAAUUUACAAACCAAGUCUUCCAAUCGCAACCCGCUAGAUCAAUUUUCGACUGGACAAAAAUACCAGUGUCGGAUUCACUUCCUCCUCACAUAAAGUUUGCUCGUUCUGUAGAUUGGGCGGCUACUCCUCUUGGGCCAAUCGAAGAUUGGCCUGCGGAUCUCAGAUCCAUGUCCAACCUCAUCAUGGGCAGCCCACACCCCGCUGCCAUGUACUGGGGUCCCCAGUGUGUGAUCAUCUACAACGAAGCUUAUCUCGACCUUGCAGGCCAAAAACAUCCCAAGUUGAUGGGGUCUUGCUAUAUGGAUGCUUGGCCUGAGAUUUGGGAUGAGAUCAAGCCUGUGUUCAAGAGCGCACUAGAAUCCGGACAGGCGACAAUGAAGCACGAAAAUCAGCUCUUCAUUAAUCGGCAUGGCUUCUUGGAGGAAGCUUUCUUUUCGUGGUCUAUUGUUCCCUUGGUGGGCGGUGAAGGCGAAGUUGUUGGACUGUACAACCCAUCUUUCGAAAAUACCCGCAGACGAGUCAACGAGAGACGAAUGCUGAUGCUUCGCGAGAUUGGCGAGAGGACAGCUGCAGCUACCACUGUUGCAGGUUUCUGGCCCCAGGUGCAAAAGGGACUGGAGUUCAACGAACAUGAUGUGCCCUUUGCCCUGAUCUACUCGGCCCGAGAGGACACCGAGAGCGAGGUUUCGUCAUUACAUUCUGGCAGCUUGAUUCAUUCACCCCAAUUGGUUCUUGAGGGAAGCCUUGGAGCGCCAGAGAAUCAUCAAGCCGCACUUCCACAGCUUGACAUGCGACAAUCUGAGGAUGGCUUCGCCCCAUACAUGCGCCAAUCAAUGGCUGCAGGCGGUGUUCCAAUUGUCCUUUCUGAAGAAAAUGGUAACCUUCCUACGCAUCUGAUUGAUGGUCUUCACUGGAGGGGCUUUGGCGAUCCCUCAAAGACACUCGUCAUUUUCCCUGUUAUCCCGACCACUACAGGAGAAUCUGUGAUUGGAUUCAUCGUGAUGGGUGUCAACCCUCGCCGACCCUAUGAUGACGAUUAUAAGCUGUUCAUUCAUCUGUUGUCCCGGCAGCUAGCUACCUCGAUGGCUUCGGUGGUUUUGUUCGAGGAGGAAAUCAAGCGUGGUCAAAGGGCUGCCCGCCUUGCUGCACUGGACCGUCAAGAACUCUCGAUGCAACUUUACCUUCGUACACAAGAAGCCGUGGAAAGCGAGUACAGAUUUACCCGGAUGGCCGAGUUCGCUCCUGUCGGCAUGUUCAUUGCCAACUUCGCGGGCAAGAUCAACUACUGCAACGACAUGUGGUGGCAGAUCUCGAGGCAUUCCCGGUCCGAAGAUUCUGUCGAUACUUGGAUGGAUAGUGUUAGAGACGAGGAUAGACCAGCAUUGGAAGAUGCGUGGGAUAAACUCCUGAGAGAAAAGGUCACGAUUUCGGUGGAAUUCCGGUUCAAAUGUUCUCAACAGAGCGAUGGAAACACGAUCGACACCUGGGUUCUCAUGAGCGCUUACCCCGAACGGAACCAAGAUGGCAAUCUCAAGUUGAUAUUUGGUUGUAUCACGGACAUCUCUUCUCAGAAAUGGGCCGAGAAGGUGCAGAAUGAGCGACGUGAAGAGGCGGUCGAGAUGAAGCGACAACAGGAGAACUUCAUUGAUAUCACCAGUCACGAGAUGCGAAACCCUCUAUCGGCGAUUCUACAAUGUGCUGAUCAGAUCGCAAACAACAUCACUGUAUUCGAUUCGCAUACUGUCAAGGCUGAUGUUGAGAACCUACUGGACGGAUGCUUGGAUGCUGCAAACACAAUCAAUUUAUGUGCAAGUCAUCAAAAGCGCAUUGUGGAUGAUAUUCUGACGUUGUCCAAACUGGACUCAAACCUCUUAUCCGUUACACCCAUCGAUGAACAACCCGUUAGAGUUGUGCAGCGUGCCCUGAAGAUGUUCGAAUCAGAACUGGUCGCUCACGAUAUUGAGUUUGACUUCAACGUCGAUAAGAGCUUCGAGCAGUAUAGCAUCAAAUGGGUGAAGCUUGAUCCUUCCAGACUGCGACAAGUCUUAAUAAAUUUGAUGACAAAUGCUAUCAAGUUCACCCAAGGUCGUGAGAAACGAGCCAUUACUGUCAGCCUCAGCGCUUCAAAGCAUGUAUCUGAAGUCACUAGGAAAGGUGUCUCAUACUUUGAUAGAGUUGACCAUCAACGUACUGCUGUCAUGGAUAUCAACAACACUGACGAGUGGGGUCAUGGUGAGGAGAUCAACAUUCACUGCACAGUUGAGGAUACUGGUCCUGGCUUAAUCGAGGAGGAGAUGACGCUUCUCUUCCAGCGAUUCCAGCAGGCAACUCCACGAACACACGUUCAGUACGGCGGCUCUGGAUUGGGUCUCUUCAUUUCUCGCAUCUUGACAGAAAUGCAGGGUGGACAGAUUGGUGUAACGUCCCGCCGUGGCAUUGGUAGUAGUUUCAGCUUCUAUAUCAAGUGCCGACGCUCUUUGGCUCCUCCUCAGGAUUACGAACAGAUCACACCGUUCAAGAUCGCUCGAAAGUCUCACGCCCCAGCCAUUCCGCAGAAGCCUGAGCUUAAUCGCCAACCAUCUCGAACGACGACGACAACCGAAGACACAAAUCAACUGUUUGAUGUUUUGAUUGUGGAAGACAAUAUUGUUAAUCAAAAGGUUCUCCAACGACAACUACGAAACUGUGGCAACAACACGUUUGUUGCAAAUCACGGCAAGGAAGCUCUACAGACUCUCGAGCGUUCAAGAUUCUGGGCAGGAAAAGAGGCUGAAGGUGUCGACAUCUCUGUCAUCCUGAUGGAUUUGGAGAUGCCUGUCAUGGAUGGAAUGACCUGUGCUCGAAAGAUUCGAGAACUAGAGCGAGAGGGAACCAUCGUGCAACAUAUUCCCAUCAUUGCAGUUACGGCAUAUGCUCGACCGGAGCAAAUCGAAAGCGCCAAGGCUGCAGGAAUUGACGAUGUCAUCUCCAAGCCGUUCCGAAUUCCUGAGCUAUUGCCCAAGAUCGAAGAGCUGGUCGGCAAAUACAAGAAUCUUUCGGUGUCUGCUUGA